ACAAUGAUCAUGUCGUCCUCCGGACCGCAUCACUUCUGCUUGCUCUGGAUUCACGAUGACAGUUUCUCGGAGGAGACUGUAGUUUUCAACUCGGAUCGCGUAACUCUUGAUGAUGGAUCUCUCUGUAGACUUGCGGCCUUGAAGAACACAGUUUCAACCCACGACUUCUCCAUUAGCACGCCAGCCCUGACAGCCACAAAGCCUGAGAACACACCAGGAAAGACUUCUCUCCGUCAUGGCAGCAANAAAUCGGUCAAGCAUGUAUCGGAUAUGGAGAAACAUGCAGACUCUACGAGAUCUUUGGUCUUUGUGGCUCGCGACAUGACUCCUGAACAGAAGCGAAAACAACCCAGGCUUCAAAUAUCUGUUCACAGUAACGCCGCAUCUACUUUUGGCUUCCGAAACAACAUGCAGGCAAUAGUUCUUCCGGUACCUAUAGAUUACGAACCUGAAGUACCCGANGUGUUCGAGGAUGUACACUCUGCAUCUCACGUAGAGAUUGUGUUCCGCGACCAGUAUUUGGCCCGUUCGGAUAUGUGGAGACUGACAGUAGCAGUACUAAGCGAUAGGGCUGUCUACAAAGGACAAAAGCUGCUCUUUCUCGGCAGCAUCAAAGCUACGGUGAAGAACAUUUUUGUAGACGGGCAGAAGGUGACCUCGGCUUUCUUCUCGUCCUCAACCAAGCCUAUUUUUCGCAGCGAGUCUGCUAAGUAUAUCAUAUUUGUACAGAUGUCUCGCGAGAUGUGGGACUUUGACGCUGAAGGGUCCGGCGAGAUCAUGUUCAACAAGGUCAUCAACGGGUUCCUACCUGAUCUGUUCAAGCGUUGGCAGAAACUCAACGUGCAUCAUCUUGUUAGCAUCGUCAUGUUUACUCGGCUCGAGUAUGAACGAGGUGUGCUAGUCCGUCGAGACGAGGACGUGGAUAUACCACAACACAACGGACGCUCGCCUGGAAAUGGCCGCGAGUAUCGGGAUUACUACCGAGUAGUCACAACUGACGCCGCAAGCAGCCGAUGGGUUGAUAUUCUCUACAAGCUCAAAAAGGAGUUCAAAAUCUUCCUGAAGGAUGUGUCUGUUGUAGGCGGCAAUGAUGCUUAUGGUCCUCCUCCAGAGACGCUGGCAUCGGUAAAGGCCCGUACCGAUACAGAGUCUGUGAUUGCUGGACAACCUACUACGUCAGCACGAGGCAAUAUACUGGAAGCAAUCAACCUUGCUGCAUCGCAAUUCUCGAAGGACUACAUCGAUCGCGAUCUUGUACACACAGGCAUCUCAUUGUGUAUUGUUACCCCAGGCUCAGGCAUAUUUGAAGUCGAUUACAACAUGCUAAAAUUGACAACUGAUUCUCUCGUCGCAAGUGGCAUGGGCGUUGAUCUCGUGUCGUUGGCUAGGAUGCCUCUCCAUUCUGUACCUUUGUUCAGAUACAGGAGCCCUCAUGUACUUCCUGGUCUUCCAGUCGUGUCGGACAUCUAUACGUUCGAGGGUGGUAGCACGCCUCGGCAGGCAGGCUACUUAGAGAGUCACAUGGCCGGCACUCCUAGAAGCACGGGCAGAUUCAUGAGAAGGGCCAGCAGUCACAAUAAAGAACAAGUCCCAGGCACACUGAUGGAGUCUGGAGUUCAAUGGAGUUAUGCCUUACCACACUGGAUCGAUGUGUCGUUUUGGACAGGACACUCCGACGAGGAGCACCUCCGAUCUCAGUAUGGUCUGAAUUACAAGAGAAAGAAAGGAUCCAAGAGAAACGACACGUUCACCACAAGUUGCCGAAUGUACGAAUUGCAGAUGAUGGGUCUUAUGGAGACCGAAAUGAGCGACAUUGCAAUCCCGUUGAUGUUGCCUGGGUACUCAAAUACUGAAAAACCUCGUCAAGGACGACUUCACCUUGAGCCUGCACCAAAUGAGGAGCUCUCAGGAAGCUAUGGCUCAACACGUUCGUUUCAUGGGUACAUUGGCGGUUCGCCGCAACACCACGACGAAACACAUGCGAAAAUGGAUAUGCCUACCCGUAAAGAGCUUGUCGAUUGGAUGGCUGCUUACGACAAGCAAGUUCCUUUCAGAACGCAGGACUCUCCCCCAGUCAAAACAAUCCUGGACCAGACUCCGAUCGAAUCUUCUCGUGGCAGUCUAGACACGACCGUGAGAUUCAGUUCCUCGCCUACAAAGCCAAGAGGCAGCUUUACAUCAAACCAGUUCAAACCAGGAGAGAGUCCACGAAACGCUUCAUAUCUUGCCAACAGAUCACCACCAAAACGUGCUGCACAACCAACCAAAAACGACAAGCCAAAACAACCAUCGAUUCGUAUCGCAAAGACUACACCAAAAAGAGCUCCAAUGCCACGCCAGAUCAGUCUAGUAGGAGGAUUAGGGACCGCGAAAUCGACCGCUAGUAUAAGCGUCAGCAAUGAAAGUGCUGGCAUCAGCACUCCAACAACAGAAUCACCUCCAACGCCUACUGCUCCCAAAGCUACUGCUGCUGGUGGUGGUUUGUUCUCUAGUUUGACACAACAGCUUUUGAAUACGCUACAGCGGAAGCCAUCGCAAGCCAGUCUUGCACGAACCGAUAUCAGCGACCUCAGUGAUCGAGCAGACUCGGACAGGGCAAGCAUGGCUCAACGCAGCAAUCCAAUCGCAAUCAGAUCUAACUCCGUGGUUUCGGAGCAGAGUGGAGAUGCAGAAGAAUCAACAAAGGCAGAGACUUAUCGAGAGCCUGCGACGAAAUUGCUCGAGGACAUCGUAGUUCGCAACGUCUCGAAAGUUGGACGCCAAACUACCAGCAUGUCUGACUCUGCACCCGACACCGUCGCGGACAAAGCAGACUACCAUCGAGUCCUGUCACCGCUGACCGCCAUCUCACCGUGGCUUACAAUGCUUAACCCUUCAAAUCCGAAGAAGCACAAUAUGAGCAUAGCGAGUCAGUUCCGUCGUUGGCAGCACAUCUUUCCAAAGCCAGUGCCUACAUCUGUGAUGAAAUGGAAAUCCUUAUGCUCACCAGCUUCUCUGCCAUUGACUGCUGAGUACUUCCCCACUGCCGAACAGCUGCGCAAUGAGUAUUCAGAGUCACCUUACAAGAUAUUACCUCUAGACGAUGAUGAGUCUUCAGAAGCGCCCAAGACUAGAGAAGCGUUAAUCAGAGAGCUCAUUGCGUGCAGACUAUCGCACGGCUUUCAAAUAGUCGUUGGUCCAGCGGCCACGGAGUUUGCAGGUACUAAAGCAGCUUCUUUGGUCAAGGUCUUUGACAAGAACUACAUGGCAGAAGAUGGCGCUACAGUAUUGAUGACUGUGGGAAAUAACAUUCACCUACUUGUCUGUACAGAGAAUGGUGAGAUUGAAGUGCGGAGGUACAACAGAAAGCCCGUGGCAGAAGUUGAAUAUACCGGCGCUGUGGACCCAACAGUGGCUUACCAUCCAUACAUCCGCACGUAUCUCGGCAAAGGCUACGAAAUGCGGCCUGUUAUCUUCAAGAACCCGCGUCCAACAUACAAUUGGAACGCAAUCGACCACCAUCUUGCGGGAUACAAGCAAGAGCACAAUUCACAAGACUUGCGCUUCUGGAGAGCUCGAUUUGUCCUUAUUCCUGUUGAUCACAAGAUUAGGAGUGGGCAGCUGGGCUUCGUAUCUGAAAACUCGGAGGAAGAGAUCCGCUUGGAGGGCAUACAGAAGCUCACGCAGAUAUGGCAGAGACACCGCUACAUCCCGCCCGAAGAACGCCGUUUCCAGCAGUCUCUGCAGCAAAGGCGCAAAGACCCUAAUCCGUUGGCCAUAGAGUAUCACACGCAUGAUCCCUCGACAAUUGUGCGAAAUCAUGCUACAGUGCUAGCAGAAGCGUUGUCUCAAGAUGAGCCAGGCCAUGCUCUCUUUGCAGAAUCCGAACUUUACCACACCAACGUUUUCGAUAUGCANAAGCUCGCGCAACAUCUGCAGGCAGAUCCUCCCAAGGGUAUACCAGUUGCUGACCGCAGGUGGCACUUCAAGACACACUGGAAAUGUUUCCGAGGUGAUCAUCUGACUAGCUUCCUUCUCGUCAAUUUCAAAGACAUUGAAACAAGAGAGGAUGCGGUCAAGCUCGGAAACGCCCUCAUGAAGAAAGGCUUGUUCACACACGCGGUACAGAAGCAUCAGUUCAGAGAUGGCAACUACUUUUAUCAGAUCGCGCCUGAAUAUCGGACUACGCCAUACCCAGAGAACAAGUCAGGAUGGUUCGGUAUGGCGGGUCGAUCAAUCCCUCCGACACCCCUGCACGAAGGAUCCAAGGCAUCGCCGAAAUUCUUGCCUGUAGACAAGACAAGAUCGCCGAGGCUGGGGCCCGUGGAUAAGAUGCGCUCGCCUUUGAUCGGACCAUCCGACAACCAUCGUCCCCGCUCUGAUACAGAUGACAGCAAAGACUCGAAUAAGAGCACACCCAAGCUCGACUCAAGCAAGAGGCCAAAACUCGAGCUCAGUCGCAGUCUGCGAUACGAUGUGGAUCAUCGCAAGAAAUCUUACCGCCCUGAGAUUAUCACUUUGCAUUACGACCGCAUCCAUAAUCCUGACAACUGUUAUCAUAUCCGUCUCGAGUGGAUAAACGUCACAGCAAAACUCAUUGAAGAUGCUCUGGUGUCUUGGGCGACCAGCGUCGAGCGUUAUGGAUUGAAGUUGGUUGAGUUGCCCAUCGCUGAAGGACAUGCAAUCUUCAAGGUGCAUCCUUUCAGACGACCCUACAUGAUCAAGUUGGCAUUGCAACCUCCUAAAGGUACACCGAAGCAGUAUCUGGAAGCAGGAACAACUGCCUACGAGGAAACAUACCCAUACCAAAGAGCGCUGGUUAGAAAGUUUGAUUUCGUCCUCGACUACGAGGCAGCCAGCACUUUUGACCCUGGUGUGGACGUGAGCUACUCGUGGGGCAAACCAGACUAUCAGUACACGCAAUUCAUCCACAAGUCUGGUGGCCUGCUCAUCCAGAUCGACGGCGAUGGCAAUCUAAUGCUCACCGCGAAUAGGCUUUGCGUCAAUCGCUCAGCAGCUGCACGCGAAGGCUCCAAAUUCGAAUUCGCCAGACGCGAAAAACGCAACUUUUCAACUCCAGCACCACCAUCCCAUGCCUCUCCAUUCAUGAGCGCCUUCAAGCAAACCGAACCUCAAAGCGUGCUGUCCAGAAACUCCUUCACCGAAGCCUCCGUAGAGCCUGAAGUCGUAGCACAAAAACUCGAAACCUUUUGCAACGAUGCGGAAAAGUUGCGGGUGUUCUAUGAGGAGGCGUUGAGACCUACGGCAAGUCCUAGUCCGCAUUUGACGCCUAGACAGACGCCGAGACAGACGCCCGUUUUGGGUGCUACGAGUGCUAUCCCGCACUUGGGCUUGCCUCCGAGUAUUAGCCUUAGGAAUGCUAGUUAUGUGGAGAGUAGUCAUAGUCCGAGGAUUGGAUUGAGUCAGUCGAGGAGAUCGAGUGUUCAGGGUUUCAAGUCCUUCCUGUCGGAAUCAGGUAGUCAUCGUGACUUGAACUGA